GGCGUUUGGACUACAUUUCCCAGCAGCCUUCACACUGAGGAUCGAUCCUUUGACGGGGGAAGUGGGGGGGAUGUUCACAAAAAGGUGGCUGUUUCGGAAAGGACAGGAGACCAGACUCAGCAGGCAUGACUGGAGAGGGAAGUCCCAAUGGUGCUAGAACGGUGCUGCAGUGGCAGAAGACGGCUCACGAGUGAGAUCUGGAAGAACGACAGGGAAGACAUCCAUCAUUUGCUCCAAAGUGUACAAGUCAAAUCCUGGGCAAAACAUGAUAACCCUGAUCACUGAGCAGCUACAGAAGCAGACUCUGGAUGAGCUGAAAUGCACACGCUUCAGCAUCAGUCUGCCUUUGCCUGAUCAUGCAGACAUAUCCAACUGUGGGAACCCUUUCCAGCUUGUGUCUGAAGGUGCUUCCUGGAGGGGCCUGCCCCACUGUUCCUGUGCUGAGUUCCAGGACAGCCUCAACUUCAGCUACCAUCCCUCAGGCCUAAGCCUGCACCUCAGACCACCCAGUCGGGGAACGUCCCCGCAGGAGCAGCCCCUCCCCCAAGUACUAAGACCUGAACCCCCAGACCCAGAGAAGCUUCCUGUGCCCCCUGCUCCUCCAUCCAAGAGGCACUGCCGCUCACUCUCGGUGCCUGUGGACCUGUCUCGUUGGCAGCCAGUGUGGCGGCCCGCCCCCUCCAAGCUGUGGACUCCCAUCAAGCACCGGGGCAGUGCUGGAGGGGGUGGGCCGCAGGUGCCUCACCAGAGCCCCCCGAAGCGGGUCUCCAGCCUCAGGUUCCUCCAAGCUCCCAGUGCCUCUUCUCAAUGUGCCCCAGCCCACAGACCCUACAGCCCUCCUUUCUUCAGCCUGGCCCUGGCCCAAGAUUCCUCUCAAACCUGCGCCACCUCCCCUCAGAAUGGUUCUUGGGAGAGUGAUGCUGAGUCCCUGUCACCCUGCCCACCCCAGCGCCGCUUCUCCCUGUCACCCAGCCUGGGCCCACAGGCAAGCCGCUUCCUGCCCUCUGCCCGGAGUUCCCCUGCAUCUUCCCCCGAGCUGCCCUGGAGACCUCGAGGUCUCCGAAAUCUUCCCCGAAGCCGCUCGCAGCCUUGUGACCUGGAUGCCCGCAAAACUGGGGUCAAGCGGCGUCAUGAAGAGGACUCCCGGCGCCUACGGCCUUCCUUGGACUUUGACAAGAUGAAUCAGAAACCAUACUCAGGAGGUCUCUGUCUCCAAGAAACAGCUCGAGAAGGUAGCAGCAUCUCUCCACCAUGGUUCAUGGCCUGUAGCCCCCCACCUCUCUCUGCUUCCUGCAGUCCUAUUGAGGGUUCAUCCCACGUGCUAAGUGAAAGUGAAGAGGAAGAAGAGGGGGCUGUGCGGUGGGGACGGCAGGCACUAAACAAGCGGACACUGUGCCAGCAGGACUUUGGGGACCUGGACCUGAAUCUGAUUGAGGAAAACUAAAACUGAGAGGCUGCUUCCUGGGGCCACACAGACUGACUGUCUAAUGGCUACUAACACGUGUGAAGGCCCCAAGGCUGAGGGCCCAGCCUGGGAAAGGGGGUGAGUGGAGGGCUCCGACUCAGGGCAGCCGAAGUCUUCUCGCUCCAGCAAGCUCGACCAUGCCAAGAGACUGGCCGGGACAAGAUAAACAGAGCUGGUGGCGGGAGGGACAGCCCCAGAGCAGACCCUCCCCAUGGUGGCCCUGUGUGUGUGUAUCCCUGCCACUGAGAGAGCAAUGGGCAGGGAAGGAAGGGGUCUGCUGACCCCAGCUCGGGGAAUUUCACUAGCCCCUUUGCUUCAAAGGGCACUUGUGUCUUAGAAUUUGGCCAGGGUGGGGGCGUUCAGUCAGCCUCCUUGGAGAAAUUGUGUGAGUGUGUGUGUGCAUGGGCGUAUACUUGAGGAAAGGUGUGUUUGUGUAGCCUUAGGGAAGGAAGGCAGUUGCUCCUUUAACAGCAGAGCAUCAGGAUGCCCCCAGAACCUUGAUUUUUUUUUUUUUUUUUUUUUUGAAUAUGAUGUUGGGCUUGUUCAAGGUGUCAAGAGUAGAGGGGGCUUUUUUUUUGUUUGUUUUUGUUUUUGUUUGUUUGUUUUUGGUCUUAAUAGCUCUGGAGCCAGGCUUUUAAGGUCAUAGCAUUACUUGCUCUGCAGAUGGCUCUGUUUUGGGGUCUAAGUAUGGUGACCUCAGCUAAUGGUCUUUUCCUCAGUCCCAUCCUCUCCCACUAGAUAAAUCUAGUUUUGAGGGCUUGUAGGAAAGUCACAUUCAUUGUGUUGAUCAGAUUUUCUGAGCUGUACACAGCCUGCCUCUCGUUCUCUGAGUCGGUGCAAACAUGGGCGGCUGAGCCAGAGCUGAGGGGGGGUCUCACUUCUUCACCAAGGGACCCUUUCAUCUUUCAAUUCAGAGACAAAGUUGAUCUCCAGAAUAUGUUGAGGCAGACCUGUAGCAGGAGCAUUGACAUUUAGUCCCCACAAGUCCUUGAGCCCACCCCAGCACUGCCUUUUUGAAGCUGGCUGUAGGGAAACUUAUUCUUGCAAGAUCUAGGCCCAGUCUCUUUCUGAUCUGUGAGAAAGAGGAAGGGCGUUCAGCAUUUAAUAGUUUGCUUGUCUUCCACUCUUGCCAGGAAAUGUUUAUUUGCCUCUAAUUGGCCCUGAGAGACCACAGAGAGGCUGGGGCUCACUGAGGGAUUGGCUGGGGAUGUGUAAAGCAAAGGCUAUGAGAAGCAUCUGGGAGUUGUUUGUUGUUGGAUUGAAUUUCCUUUUUUGUUUUGCCCACAACUUCAGCCAGUGCAGCAGGUCCCAAUGCUACAGUAAUGGACUUAAAGAUUGCAGGUACCUUGGGUG